AUGUCCGAAAAGAGUCGAGUGGAUCUAAUCCACUUCGAUGUUGAAGACGAUGGAGAGUCAACGAUGUCGCCAGGCUCCCCAGUCUCUUCGUAUUCGACUUUCACAGACUCGCUUUCUUCAUCUCACGCUUUCACUAUCUCCUCGGAAGCGGGAAGCACGGUGGACAUACGAGCGCGUAUUGGCAUCAACUCUGACGAGGUAAAUGCCAACUAUGUCCGUAUUCCAGACUUCUUCUCUUCAAUUAUGUCUGUGAAGCCCGUCAUCAACGUCAAUUACAAAAAGGUGAAGGGGGAGGCUGAUAGCUGGAUUGCAACGAUCCUCGAUCUCAGUCAAGCUCAAGCCCGAAAAAAUGUUCAGGCUAACUUCGCGUUCAUGAAUGCGAUGUGGGUCCCAUAUGCUGAUGAAGAGGCAUAUCGAAUCAUGAUCGAUUGGAACAAUUGGAGUUUGAUGAAGGCCAUCUGA